CAAACUGGGACAGCAUAAAGCCAGGCUUGGCUUCAGCUCUAAGCCAAACACCUUCCUGACACAAUGAGGACCAGCGGCUUCUUGGUCCUGGCGGUGAUCCUCAUCAUUGGGACGCUGGCAGCACAGGCAGCUGUCGUAGCAGCUCCUAGGAAAGGUCAAGACGCCGUCCAAGGUCAUGUUCUGGACAGAGACCGAGAUCCCAUUGUAGGACGGGUACCAGUGAAAGGUCAAGAUCCAGUCAAAGGUCCCUCCAUCAAGUCUGGGUCCUGCCCUGAUAUUAAGAUACGGUGUGCCAUGCUGAACCCCCCUGACCGCUGUCACAGCGACUCUGAGUGCCAAGGGGCCAAGAAGUGCUGUGUGGGCGCCUGUGGAAGGGCCUGCUUGGACCCUCAAUGAGGUGGUGCCUGUCCUCACUGUACCUGUCAAGUCCCCAGAGCUGCAAGAUUUGGUCUGGUCCUAGGCUCCUGCAGUGCUGCCCUCUCCCUCACUGCCAUUCUUCCUCUCACUGGAGAACCCAUGACUGGGUGGCCUCUCUCAUCCACUUUCCAAUAAAAAAAGACCUUUUGCACCAUU